AUGACAGACGAGCCCAUAAAGGAGAUCCUGGGAACCCCGAAGUCUCCCAAGCCCGUGGCAAUGGAAAAGAAUGCCAACGGCGAAGUGGUGGUUACCAUGGUACCCCUGGUCAGUGAGAUUCAGCUGGCGGCCGCCACCGGGGGCGCCGAGCUGUCCUGCUACCGCUGCGUCAUCCCCUUCGCCGUGGUGGUCCUCAUCACCGGGACCGUGGUCACUGCCGUGGCCUACAGCUUCAACUCCCACGGCUCCAUCAUCUCCAUCUUGGGCCUGGUCCUUCUGUCCCUGGGACUUUUCCUGUUAGCGUCCAGCGCUCUGUGCUGGAAGGUGAGGCAGAGGAGCAAGAAAGCCAAGAGGCGGGAGAGCCAGACAACUCUGGUGGCGAAUCAGCGGGGCUGGUUUGCUUAG